AUGGCAGAAACUAAAUCGUCGAUACAACCUCAUGUACUUAUCUUUCCCGCUCCAGCACAAGGCCACAUCAACUCUAUGCUCAAAUUAGCUGAGAUUCUCAGCCUAUCGGGGAUCAACGUGACCUUUGUCAACACCCAACAGAAUCACUCACGGCAACUUAGUUUUGGAAAUCUUCAUUCUCGUUUCGACCAAUUUCCAGGAUUCUGUUUCGAAACCGUUCCAGAUGGUCUUUCUGAAGGUCAACUGCACUCUGCUGGUUUCCAUAGUCCUGAAGACUUCGUUAAUGACUCGUUUAAUCGGAUACAGAACGUAAUCAAACCAGGUUUUCGAGAAUUACUUACUUCGGAUCGCUUCAAAUCUGACGCAAGGGGACCUAUUUCUUGUAUCAUAGCAGAUACUAUGUUUGGUUUUGCAAUUGAUGUUGCUGAAGAGCUGGGAAUUCCUUCCAUUUCUUUCCGUACAGUCAGUGCUUGUUGCACCUGGAUAUGUUUUUGCACCCCAACACUUGUAGAAACUGGUGACAUACCAUUCAAAGGUGUGCAUUUAAUAUUUCUUUUUUUCUUUCACCAUUAA